GGUAUGGUGGAAUCUGUAAUGGUUGCGAAUGCGUUUGUAGAGAGCAGCACUAUCGAAAAGUUGAACACUUCCGUGUACUUCGGUAUACUUAUGGAACAUCUGAGAACUUUGGGCCUUUUGAGGCCUUGGUGAGGCUCUAGUGCUACACGUCCGGCGUUGGUGGUGUACCUAUUUUAGGGUUAAGUUAAUACAUCUCUAGUAAAGGCUCAGCCAAACUUCUGAAAUGGCCCCGCAAGUGGUAGGGAAGAAAGCAAGUGGAGGCAAAAGCAAGCACAUCAUCCGAGGCAAGGGCCAGAAGAAGAAGAAGGUGGCUCUCCGUUUUACUGUAGAUUGUACCCAUCCUGUGGAAGACAAUCUUAUGGAUGUGGCCAACUUCGAGAAAUACCUGCAGGAAAGAAUUAAGGUCAAUGGCAAAACAAACAAUUUAGGGAAUGUAGUAUCACUUGAGAAGAAUAAGAUGAAAUUAUCUGUUAUCUCAGAAUCUGCGUUUUCUAAAAGGUAUCUCAAGUACCUUACAAAGAAGUACCUGAAGAAGAACAGUCUCAGAGAUUGGUUGAGAGUAGUUGCUAGUGGGAAAGAUACAUACGAGCUCCGAUACUUCCAGAUCAAUAGCCAGGAAGAUGAGGAGGAAGAAGACAAUGAUUAAAUUUCUAGGUAUUUUUGUGUUGUACAACUUUGAAUACCAAUCUAAAUAAAUAAAUUUGACACAUGGUGUUGUUUGACUUUCAAUAUGAGUCUUUGGAGGAAGGAUCAAUGAUGAGCAGGAAAAAUUCAUUUAGGAAAUUAUUUGCUUGUGACUUUGCUGUAAAGUAAGAUUCCUUAUUUUCAUGCCAUUUGUUUGUGUAAAGGAUUGGAUAAUUACUGCAGAGCUGAAUAACUAAUUAUUGAAACACAUCGAAAUGAAACUUUUAUUGCACUGGUAACUACGGUGUAUUUCACAUGUUUAUUUAUUUUGUAAAUUUCAGUUAGAGCAACUUUCAAAAUCGGUAAUCUUUUGUCAGUCUUUUGACAGACCACACCUCCAAUUAGUUAAGAUUACAAAGGUCGUACUGUUCUUGCAAGAAAGUGGCUCUCAAGAGUGCGGAAAUGGCCCCAGCGAAAUUAUUUUAAUUGUGGAAGUAGUACUGCUUUGAAACUUUUAACCAGUGUCAUUGUCAAAUAAUGACAAGUUUUAUUUGUUCUAAUUUUUGUUAAAACACAGGUUUCAGGACGAAACCAAAGAAUGAUUCAAAAUCUGACGUAUGAACAUUUUUUAAAUUCAAUUUAGCAGGAAUUGUUUUCUGCUAUAACAUUUUUUAAUUUUUCUUUGCUUUAUUUCUGUGGUUCAUUCACUAAAAAUAAAUUUCGAUCAUAUUUGAAGCUGCCUUCAACUUUCAAGAAGUUUAAUCAUUGUAGUACAUUUUGUCGUAUAAAGUAUGCUAAUUGAAAACCAAAAUUAGUGAAUUUUUCAUGGAAGAGAGA